UGACCUGUUCAAAUUAUUAAUUGAUAGCUGAUAUUUAUCACUAGUGGUCCGUCCCCGCUUUGCACGGAUGGACGUUCGGUUUUAAUAAGUUUUUAGCAAUGUAUAAUUUAAAAUCGGUUACGCGUUGUUAAUAUAGCUUUGUGACGGCAAACGAUUUGAGAAAUGGUGCUAUAGGUUUUGAUGUUGUUACAUACAUAAAUACAAAUCGUUCCUCUUUAUAAUAUGAAUUAGUAUAACAUUUGAUAAUAAUAAUAUUGUACAUGUUUGUCUCCAACUUGUGUUCUGUUAUCGUCAGUUUAUCAGCUUUCGGGCUAUAUAAAUUUACGUUCUCUUUGUUAACUCUCAAACCUUCCACCAUGUUGACCCUGGCUGUGGUAUUUGUGCUGUUUGUCGCUGUGUACCUGUACGGUACAAGAACGUUCAAGUAUUGGGAGAAGAGAGGAAUUAAACAUGACAAACCGAUACCAUUUUUCGGCAACAAUUCGCGUAUGUAUUUAUGGAAGAAAAGCAUGACACAGAUUGGCGUAGAAAUGUACUGGAAGUACCCGAAGGAAAAGGUCGUGGGAUUCUACCGCGCAAUGCGCCCGGAACUUGUCAUAAGAGAUCCAGAAAUUAUAAAACGCAUCUUCGUUUCAGACUUUGGAUAUUUUCACAUGAGAGGUAUUAACACUCACAAAACGGUUAUUGAGCCCAUGGCUAAAAAUCUUUUCCUCGUUGAAGGCGAUGUUUGGAAGUUGUUGAGGCAGCGCAUGACUCCUGCGUUCACCAGCGGUAAACUGAAGGCGAUGUUCCCUCUCAUUGUAGAGCGUGCUGAGCGCCUGCAGAAUCAUGCAAUCAAUGCACCAACGACUGGCCGAGUUCUAGACUCUCGGGAAAUAAUGGCGCGGUAUACUACUGACUUCAUCGGUGCUUGCGGUUUCGGUUUGGAGAUGGAUUCUCUCAGUGUAGAAAAUUCAUCUUUUAGACAACUCGGUAUCGAUAUUUUUAAAUUUGAAGUUAGUCUAAUUGUCAAACAAAUGCUUAAGGAGAUGUUCCCCGAAGCGUGCAAACAUUUUAAAGUAUUUGGUAAAUUAGAAAAUGACGCGAACGCUCUUGUCAAUAAUAUCUUAAAGAAAAGAAAUUAUGAACCGUGUGGUAGGAACGAUUUUAUCGAUUUACUUCUUGAAUGUAAGAAAAAAGGAAAAAUAGUUGGACAGUCUAUUGAACUGACAAAACCGAGUGGUGCGCCUGAAGAAGUAUCUUUGGAAUUAACCGACGAACUUAUGGUGGCUCAAGUUAUGGUCUUCUUCGGUGCGGGUUUCGAAACAUCAUCUUCUUCUACGAGCUACACUUUACAUGAACUCGCAUACAAUCCUGAGGAACAACAAAAAGUACAAGAAGAAAUCGAUAGAGUUUUGGCGAAAUAUGAUAACAAGCUAUGUUAUGACGCAGUUUCCGAAAUGAGUUACUUACAUUGUGCUUUCAAAGAAGGGAUUAGAAUGUUCCCAUCGUUGGGUCAUUUGGUAAGAAAGUGUACUCGUAAGUACACAUUCCCCGACAUAGACCUUACGAUAGACGAAGGUGUGUCGAUAUAUAUACCUGUGCAGGCGUUGCACAUGGAUCCACAAUACUUCGAUGAGCCAGAGAAAUUCAAGCCAGGUCGUUUCUUAACUGAUUUCAUUAACCCAAUGACAAAAAAUAUAUAUCUACCGUUUGGAGAAGGUCCCCGAGCAUGCAUCGGCGAGAGACUCGGUCUGAUGCAGUCUCUGGCGGGUCUGGCGGCGGUGCUGUCGCGCUACUCGGUUGAACCCGCCCCAGAAACCUUGCGCUGUCCCAAGAUUGAUCCCACUUCUAAUAUAGUUCAAAAUGUUAUUGGCGGCUUGCCUUUAAUGUUUAAAUUGAGGAGUAAGUAAAUAUAUUGCACUUAGUAGUUGUAUAAAAUUUGUUUUGAGAGAAGAUCUUG